UAAAAAUUUGGUAAUUUCUCUUUCCAUCCUUGCACAGUUAAGAGUCUCGACUUUUAUUUUAAAAUCCAUUGAAUGUCUGCGUUUUCUCUGUGCUCACCAACGGAGGUGCCGUGUCCUGUUUAAUUUGACAAUGGGUGAUGAAGGUCCAGCAGAGGAUUAUCCCACUGAAAUAGAGGAUAACCUGAAUGAUUUUGAGUCCUCUGUGGGUUCUGUACAGAAGAUGGUCCAGAGUCUCGUGUCUGUAUCCAGAAGCAGCCAUUUGGCUAAAUUAGAUCCUCUUGAUCAAGCUAAAUUGGACUUGAUGUCUGCAUAUGCCCUCAACUCAAUGUUCUGGAUGUAUUUGGUGACACAAGGAGUCAAUCCAAAAGACCAUGGGAUCAAACAAGAAUUGGAGAGAAUCAGGACAUAUAUGAACAAAGUGAAGGAAAUCACAGACAGGAAAAAAGCUGGACGUCUCGACACAGAUGCAGCCUCGCGGUUCGUUCGAAAUGCAUUGUGGGAUGCAGAGGACAAGAAACGAAAGGACAAAACUGAGCAUUCUGUCAGAGGAAAACACAAGAGGUUUAAAUAGAUUUGAGCUGACUUUGUAAAACACACAUGCUGGACAUUUUGUGUGCCUUGUGGAAAGUUAUUUUGCUGACUUAUAAUGUCGUCCGAUUGCGCAAACAACUUUGGAUGCUCAACUUUUGUAUUGUGACUGUCCAUGCUGCCAUAUGCUGAACUGUAUCAUUUUUUUCAAGAGACUGACUUAUUUCAAACUAAAGAAGACAUUUAAUGCAACCCCUUUUUAUAGUUAAAUUUUUUCCAGAGCCAUUGUUUUUCAUAGUCUCGCGAGUGUUUUAUAUCUGGGGUUAUCUGAAAUGUUCUGUGUGGACCAUUCAUACUAGCAGCCCCAUUAAAAUUUUAAAGCCUC